GUACCUAUAAAUAAUCAUGGUUUAACUUAACGCUAUGCAGUCUUGAACAGAACUUGAAAUCAUGAAAGUGUUUAUUAUUAGUUUGUUGUUUUACUACGUGCAUUAUGGAGAGAGCAUGCCAAAUGAAACGCAGUUUAAAAGGUUUAGACCUGACUACCACUACAAUGAAUUGGCUGGAGGCUGGGUGAAGUUCCAUCACGUACCAACCACGUGGCUCGAGGCACGGCUAAGAUGUUAUUUAGAAGGAGCCGUUUUGGCUUCACCAGUCAAUGAAAACAUGAAACAAGGUCUGAUUGAACUGCUGGUCGAUCAGUUGGAGAGUAAAGUCUUUACUGGAAUUCACUCAAUCUUUUCAAAGGGAGACUUCACAUCUGUUGAAGGUAUCCCUGUCCAUGAAAUGCCCGUGAAUAUAAGAAGUGGGGAUAUAUCGGGAGAAUGUGUCACUUUUAUGAUGGACGGACGACUGGAAGGUCACGACUGCUCAAGUAAAUACCCAUACAUAUGCCACAAAAGAGCGCCAAGGGAUCUGACGACUUCAAUUUGCGGGGUCGAUCAAGAGUAUAAAUAUGACCCGCGAACUGGCAGCUGCUACAAGUUUCACAAAUUCGGGCGAACUUGGUACCAAGCUGCCUCGGUGUGCGCGGCGGAAGGUGGGCACCUGGCCAUCAUUAACAGUGACGUGGAGGCUGAAGUCAUCAAGGGGAUAUACCAGAACUACCCCGACGACACCAUCCAGGCGGACCACAAGCACACAGCGAGCAUCGGAUUCCUAGAUUGGGGAGUACGAGGACUCUGGUGGACAAUACACGGUCAAGAUUUGACAGAAGCCGGCUACAGCAAGUGGAAUAAAGGAUCUCCUGACGACAAGACCCAGUAUUGUGGCGCAGUGAUGAGGGCAGGGACAUUGAAUGACAUAUGGUGUGAAAAACAAACUUUUCCUGCCAUUUGUGAGAAGACUACAGAGUUUAGCCCUAGACUGAUAACCCUACGAUAAAAGUCUAUAAUAAACUACCCACAUACAUAAAAUCUGAACCAAAUACAAAUUUAUUAAUUUGCUAAAAAAAAAUCUACUAAGCAAGUGUUACUAUGAUUUAAAUGAAUAUUAUAAUGAUAAGCCCACAUAUACAGUACUAUGCAAUACAUACAUUUAACUAUUAUCUAUUGUAUCACCCAUUAUACAUAUGACAUUCAGUUGUUCAGUUACCUACUAUACUUACCUAUUAUGAUAAUUAUUAGAAUUUUUUUUUCCUAUUCCCUGGAGAGACUUUAUAGAAAAAGUGUCGGCCCAGUACGCGUGAUUUUUUAAAUAUAUUUUUUAUAGAUACUACAAUAAUAGACAUUAUAUUCUAAAUUGCUUGAUGUACUUCCUAUCAAACACAUCUAUAUUUAUUUGAUUGCUAUUGUAAAUACGAGUAAAAUUGCAAUGCCUUUGCAGGGCCCAUAUGUUUACCUUACAUAUUUUAUAAGACCUACAGUAAGGUCCAAUACAUACAUAUGUGAUGCAAUAAAUAAAUGAAUAUGAAUAUGACCCACUGCUUGACCAAUAUAACAAAUGUGUAAUAAAAUUGUGACAAAUCAA